GCGCAGCUGACGCAGACCACGUACAACCGCGUUGGCCUUCGUCACAACUGCACGCGUCUUUACGAUUCACUUGACAUGUCAGAGCUCCUGGCUUACCUCCAUGCCUCGGAGCUUGUGGCCCGGUUCCAGAAACGAUGCGGACUCUCCCUCAUCGAAGAUGCGCAUCACAGUCCUGGAGGGACGAGGUCUGCACCGGCUGGAACCCCCGUCCACGCACACACACUGCGUGGACAGCUGAAGAGAAGAUCGGACCAGCAGGACCAGAACUCAAACUUUGAAUACAAGCAAAAUGGAUUUAUCGUGAGUGGCCGCUGCAGACCUCAGUAUGAGGUGAGGAACUGGCUCCUGCACAUCCUCUUCCUGUUCUCAGCUGGCCUGGGCCAUGAAAUUUUCUACAUCACCUGUCUGCCCUGCAUACACUGGAACCUUGACCCUUUCCUCUGCCGACGUCUUGUCAACAUGUGGACUAUGGUCAUGUACAUUGGUCAGGUGAUGAAGGAUGUGCUGAAGUUGCCUCGCCCUCUUUCGCCACCAGUUGUCAAGCUGGAGAAACGUGUUGAUGCAGAAUACGGGCUACCCUCCACUCAUGCUAUGGCUGCUAUUGCCAUUUCAUUCACAUUUUUACUAAGCGCCCCCUCCAGGAUACAGUUCCAGUUCGAGGUGGGUCUGCUGAUUGCUGUGACACUAUCGUCCUUGGUGUGUCUGAGCCGUCUCUACACUGGCAUGCACUCAGUUUUGGAUGUGAUCUGCGGCACCUUGAUCUCAGCCAUCCUGCUGUUCGUCACCUACCCAUACUGGGAGACAUUUGAUCACUUUCAGCUCACCAGCAGCAUCUCACCAAUUGUUGCAGUUGUACUGACCCUCUUCCUAAGCUAUACAUACCCAGAACUGGACCAUUAUAGCACCACACGGGGGGACACUACCACUAUCCUAGGGGCUGGUGCAGGAUGCUCUGUAGGAUACUGGGUGAAUGUGAAGCUGGGGCAGACUUUUGAGCCUCAAGGGCCCUUUCCCAUUCCUCUACCCCCACUGACUGCCAACGCACUGGCACGAAGCACCGCCCGCUUCCUAGUAGGAGCAACAGUAUUAGUUGCAACUAGGCAGGUGGUAAAAACUGUGAGCCUUCACAUGUUGUAUUCAUGGUACAGCGUGCCAGACAAUGACAAAAAUGCCAGGAGGAGGAGAGAGAUUGAAGUGCCUUACAAAUUUGCCACAUAUAUAGCUGUUGGACUGGUCAAUUCAAUAUUGGUCAAUAGACUCUUUAUUUUUAUGGGGCUACUAUGACCUGAUAACAGGACUGACCCCAAAAUGAAAUAAAGUUGGAUACAAAGUAAGCAAAACUUGAAAUUGCAGACGUUUACCUCAUAUUUAUUUUAAUGUAUCAACUUAUCUAUUUUUGCACUAAAACAUCAUCAUAUGCAGUAAGUAUAUGAAAGAAUGCCCUAGGAAUGAUUCACAAGUGUUUGUGACUGACCUGUACCAACUGAAACCAAAUAAAAUAUUUUGAGCCAAUAGGUUGUUUUUGUUUUUUUACUAACUUGGCUUAAUUAUUUGAAUUAUGCUGUAGUCUAUAUGGCAGCAGUUUCUUACUGCAGAGUUGCAUAUUUUAGAGCACAAAAAUGUCAAACAAUUCAGUGCUGAAAUUCCCUUUUUUUAACCACACAGUAAAAACCAAACCUAUUGUUCAUACCAGUCUCAUCAAAACCAGUUUAACUGAAAUGUACUUUACAUCCUUUAUGCUUUUAAUCAUCACAGGUAAAUGAGUGUGCAGGUUGGAAUAGGCCAUUUGCUCCACUGUUAUCGUCAUAUGCUCACAACCAGUACUGGAGCACUGAAUGGGUUAAACCUUCUUUUGCUACAUUUGGGUUUGAAGGAAUGCCGGAGCACCUGUCAGGCUUCAUUUGCAAGAAAGCUUUUUAUCGGCACAGCUCACUUUCGUAUGGGAGCCUACAAGCUGCAAGAAUUUCUCUUUGAAUUGAAAGUAGAGGAAAGAGCUUAGCAUCAGCUGAGAA